CCGAGCCGCCGCCCGCGCUCCCGGGGCCGCUCCCAAAGGCAGACAUGAAUGAGGAGCGCUUGGGUGAUGCAAGUGGAGCAGACAAUGCUGAGACCUACAGUGACAAAGACACAGACCAAAGGAGUUCCCCCGACAUGACUAAAGCCAAAAGUUGUUUCAAUCCUGAAAGCCCUGAAAUUGUUUCAGUGGAUGAGGUUGGUUUUGCAGUUCAGAAAAAUGGUGGGAGCACAGAGAACCGUACAGACAGCCCCAAGUACCAUCCAGAGCAGAACCACCUCCUGAUAGAAGGUCCUUCUGGGACAGUUUCUUUACCAUUCAGUUUGAAAGCAAACAGACCCCCACUUGAAGUCUUGAAAAAGAUUUUCCCUAACCAAAAGCCAGCUGUGCUAGAGUUGAUCCUGAAGGGGUGUGGUGGUGACCUGGUGAGUGCUGUAGAGGUUCUCCUGUCCAGUCGGUCUUCAGCGGCCAGUGGAGAGAGAACGUCUGCAGAAUCUGAUGGUCUUGUUUUGCCUUCCAACGGGCAUAUUUUUGAACACACACUGAGUUCCUAUCCUAUUUCAUCUUCUAAGUGGUCUGUGGGCUCUGCAUUUAGGGUUCCCGACACUCUGAGGUUCUCUGCUGAUUCCAGUAAUGUUGUGCCAAAUCCUUUAGCUGUACCUUUGCAGCACCCUUUCCCUCAGCCACCACGCUACCCGCUGAUGCUGAGGAACACUUUGGCAAGAAACCAGUCCAGCCCGUUCCUACCCAACGACGUCACCCUGUGGAACACCAUGACACUGCAGCAGCAGUACCAGUUGCGGUCACAGUAUGUCAGUCCUUUCUCUAGCAACUCAGCCAGUGUUUUCCGAAGCUCACCUGUCCUUCCUUCCCGAUCGUCAGAAGAUCCUAGGAUCUCAAUUCCUGAUGAAGGAUGUCCUAUUGUGUCUAAGCAACCAAUUUACACAGAAGAUGAAUAUGAGGAAAGGUCUGAUUCUUCAGACUCAAGAAUACUCAACACAUCUUCUUAGACUAUGACGUGGCAUAUUACAGCUAAGCGAUACUCACAGUGCAGCUUAACUACUGGCUCCUAAGAGGAGGGACAUGUACUCUACAAAAAUCUUGCAAUUGUAUUAAAAAGUGACUUUGCUUGGUAGUGUACUAUAGCAAUAAAGACGUAACUUAUUUAAUUUCUUGCACUUCACUGGAUAAUGCCAAAUAGCAAUACUCUGGCUUUAGUGCUGAGUGUGUGUUGCAAAGGAAGACUUUAUGGCUACCAAUUAUGGGACUCCAGAAGACUCAUAAUGGAAGCAGAAGCCCAAGGUCUACUUUGUUCCUUAACUCAGAAAAAUGGGGAUGUUAAACUAGAAUACUUGAAUGCUGUUUUAUAAUUGAGAACUCCUCAGGACAUAAGAAAUCAAGCAAACAGUUCAAUUGCAAAUGGACUAAAACAAGGACUUUAUAAUCUUAUGUCAGUGAUCAUCCUUGCAGUGAAAGAAAAGGCAGAAGAAAAAAAUACACACAUGCAACUAACAUGAGCUGCUUCUGUGCCAUUUGAGCUUGGACGCUUUUCAGAGAAAUAUUAUUAAGAGUUAUUCUUUUCCCAUGGCUAGGUUGAAAUGUGUAAUGUCAGUGUAAAACCAAUUACAGCUGUGAAUUGCAUGAAGUGUAUUGUGAAAUGAACACCAGAUUAAGCAUUGUCAGGUUAAUGUAGCAUGCUAAGGACUCUAGAAAAAUAAACUAAGAUGAUGA